AUGGGGAAGCCGAAUAAUGAUGACAGUCAAUUUUUCGAUCAAACAUCUUCAUCAUCACCUAUUCCACCUUUACCUCCACCACCAAGUGAUUUUGAUAUGAACUGGCAGACAACAUUAAGCCAAUCUGAACCAAGUAUUCAAUCUCGUCAAAAUCAAUUAUUAAAUCGUUUAGCUACAACUGCUUAUAAUUCAUAUAAAGUAUCAAUUGGACAUGAAAAAGUUAAUAUAACAGAAAUUGCUCGUCAACGUGAAUCUUCACCGGAUCCAACAACACCAAUGAUAACAAAUGAAAAACGUCGAAUAAUAGCAGCACGAAGAGGUGCUAAUAUUCUAAGUUUAUGUUUUAUGUGUUUUGUUUCAGCUUGUCUCAUACUUAUUGCUAUUUCUACUAUGCAAUUAAUAUUACGCAGACAUUUUAUCAAUAAUAAUGAUAUAAUUCCUCAAUUAGGUCAUUCAAAUAAUAUCACAUUGGAUUCUCAUUAUAAAAUACUUAUACCGAUAUCAACAAUGGAUACAGUUUCUAAUCUUAUUAUUCCAGCAUAUGACCGUACAUUACGUGAAUUUGCUACAGUUAUAUGUUUAUCAAUUAUUGUACUUAAUUGUUUUUGUAUAUUAAUAUUUAGUAUUGAAAUUUAUCUUGGUUGUAAUAUAAUGCAACCUAAAAAUGAUUCUCAUCGUAGUUUUAAUUGUUUAUUCAGUUCUUCAACAGCACGUUUUAUUGCUAUUUGUAGUUUUUAUGCAUCAAUACCAGCAUUUAUUCUUGUUAUGUGUAUAUUUAUAUUAUUGAAUAUGUCACUUAUACCUGCUAUUAUAUCAUUAAGUGUCCUUGGUUUUGGUUUGAUUUUUAUUCUUCUAACACUUUUAACAUAUGUUUCAUUAUGGCAAAAUACAACAUUUGAUGGCAAACUUGGUGGAAUUAAUGGAUCUAUAUAUCAUACUGUUGAUGCUACACAUUUAUGUGAUGAUGAUAUAGAUUUAGCUAAAACUGAUGAACUUUCAACACUUGUUUAA